GGAGUCAGGCUGGACAGACAAUGAUGAGGUGGUGAAGUGCAGCUUAUUAAAAGUGUAAUACCAGCGCAUUCUUGACAGAUUAAUACAAAAUAUACGACAUCUUGUGCAUAGAAAAUGACGACCACCACGACAUUUCAAGGAAUGGAGCCCGGUGCAAAAAACAGUUCCAGGGUUUUGCGUCCUCCUGGUGGCGGCUCCAACAUCUCAUUUGGUGCAGAUGAGGAGAAGCCUCCUGUCCGGAAAGAUAAGAUGGCCUCUAGUGUUUUUGCUGAGCCAGAGGACCCCUACGCUAACCGAAGGAACAACCCACCAGGUGGGAAGCCCACAGGCGUGCUGUGCGGUGAGUCUUCAGCCCCUCUGAGGAGAGGAGCCAAUCACUCUGGACCCAACCCCGCCACAGAUGGAGAGAAUUCUGUACGUGACAAUGAAAACAGCGCUCCUGAGCCGGAACCCGUCGCCGAGCACCAGGAGGAGGCGCCUCAGGCUGAAGAACCCGCCGCAGGAGUACCGUCCGGCCGCCGGAAUCCGCCAGGGGGGAAAUCCAGCCUCAUUCUAGGCUGAACGCCCCUCGGCCGCCCCUCCGUACCUCCACUCGUCUUUGAACUCAUCUCUCCUUUUUCUUUCCGAACAAGACGCCCCGGCUCAUCUGUCUGUACCACAGGAAUCCUCUGCAGUCCAGCAGGCACCGGUCUCCUCCACAUCCCCAAGUGCAUUGUUUUGAUACCUCUUUUUUGAAAACUGUUUUUGUACUGUUUUUAUUGUUUGUUUAUUUUGACAGAAGCACUUUAUGUAUUUCUAUGUAUAUGGUUCAAGGUCUUGCCUUUACCCCCGGAAAUGCAUUCGUCCUGUCAGGAAGGGUACGAGGCUCAUAGUUCUCAUGUCAACCAGUCGUCCCCCCCCCCCACCCCGACUUCAUGGCAACAGCGACAAGCUGGAGGUGAAAAUACAAGCAGUUAUAAGAACACAAGCAAAACAAAAAAAGAAAGAAAAACAACACAACAAACAGCCUUUUUGCACUGUGUUCAUUUUCAGCCCAUCCUGCAUGCAUGUCCAGUCUGUAACGUAUGAAUGUGAGAAGAAACUUUACUGUGAAGAGUUUUUCUUUUUUUAAAAACAACCUUUUUGUUCUUUUGUGGACUAAUCGUUGUGCUGUUGUUGCAUGAAGUUGGAAUCUUUCUACUGAUUAUAGUAUUACUAUCCACACAGGAGCCAAAAUAAAAUCUCUGUAGUUGUGAUCUGAAAGAUGCAGACGCGUCUUCAGACGAGAACCGUCGGUCCCUUGUCAGGUAUCAAAAGUCCGAACAAGCCUUUUUUUAUAUAUAUAGUAGUCACUAACUUUAGAUUCUCGUAAGGCCAGUGCAGAUUUUGAGUGCCCCGUGUUUUUAUAGGUGAAAUUUUACACGAAAGUGCGCCCGUUUGAGUUUGGCUACAACAUCAAACCAGGUUGGGUUUUCCUCAUUGCAUCCCAGCAGUUUCACCGAGGGAAAGUUUCUUCAGCCAGUCAGUGGAUUGUCGUCGGUCCUGACUCGCCAGUGUUUCUGGUAAACCCGUCCUAGAUUUGACAAGUGACCUUAUGACAGCCCAGCCUUCUUUUCAGCGGUUCAUCCAUUCAUGCGUUUUUGUUUAUCCUGCUCUCUUAAAGUCUUAAAGCGAUCUGUAUCUGUGCAUUGUGCGUCUCAUUACUCAAACCAAAACUGCUUCUGAUCUGUUGAGUUGUUGCACGUGAGGCAGCGUCCACCUGCCGUCACGGAAGAAAGUCCACAUUUCACACACACACACGGUCUUUCCUGUGGUGUUUUUUUUAUUUUAUUUCCCCCUCCUUUUUUCUUUCUUUGUACCCGUGUUACAAUGCAAGAUGUGUAUUAGCAUCUUCUACCGAUUCCUGUCACUGGAUAUGAGUCACUGCAGAAAUUUGAAUUCCAGAAAUGGCACAAGUCGAAAUUAACAUUAAAAUCAAUUUUGACCAUG